UUUAAAAACAAGAGUGAAAUUGUGCAGAAAAUCAGGGAUAUGCCCCUCUCUGCAAAGACUGUCAAAGACAGAACCAUAAAAAUGGCAGAAGACAUCACAAGACAGCAAAUUAAAGACAUCAAUUCAGCUGUGGCCUACUCGAUUGCCUGUGACGAGUCUAAAGACAAAGGUGAUAUUGAACAAAUAGCGUUGUUCUGCCGGUAUGUAAACUCUGCCGGGCCACAGGAAGAACUGAUUGAGUUGAUACCUCUAAAAGACCAAACACGGGGGGAGGACAUCUGUGAGGCUGUCUUGAAUUGUUUAAGAGCCAAAGGAAUAAAGACCACCCAUCUGGUGUCAGUAGCUACUGAUGGGGCUCCGAAUAUGACGGGAACGCACAAGGGAUUUGUGGCUUUACUGCAGAAGUCGCUGGACAGAAAGCUGCUGACUUUUCACUGCAUCUUGCACCAAGAGGCACUGUGCGCUCAAACAUUUCCUCCGGAAUGCACAGAAGUAAUGGAUGUUGUCAUUCAGAUUGUCAAUAAAAUAAUGGCAAAAAGUUUAAAUCACCGUCAAUUCCGUUUGUUACUGGACGAGAUGGAAAGCGCAUAUUCUGAUCUCCUGCUGCACAACAAAGUCCGGUGGCUGUCCAAAGGGGAGGUGCUGAAACGCUUUGUCGCGUGUCUGGAAGAAGUGAAAACUUUCCUGGGCAGCAAAGGGCUCACCUUUCCUGAGCUGGAACAGCCAGAGUGGCUGGAAAAGCUACACUUCAUGGUAGACAUGACAGCGCACCUGAACACGCUGAACACAGCUCUUCAAGGGAAAGGACGCACAGCCCUGCACAAGUUGGAGGAUGUUUUGGCAUUCGAGCGCAAGUUGACAGUGCUUGCCAGAGAUUUACAGAAAGGCACUUUGUCUCACUUCCCCAAUUUGAGAGAGUUCAAACAAGGUCACGACAUGAUAAUUUCGGAGUAUUUACAUUCUGCAAUCAUCGCAAUGCAAACAUCGUUUGGGAAACGCUUCUGUGAGUUCAGAGAGGAAAAAAACACAUUAUCCUUCCCGGUCACUCCCUUAAGCAUCGAUCCUUCCCUACUGAAUACAACUGCAUUGGCAGGUGUGAGUCAACCUGAUCUUGAGAUGGAACUGGCCGACAUAGCCGACAAAGACAUAUGGGUGUCCAAGUUUAGACGCUUGACAGCAGACCUUGAAGAUGUUGCCCGUCAGAAGGCCGUUCUUGCUCAGAAUCACAAAUGGAGUGAUAUUGAAAACCUUCCAAAACCGGACAAACUUGUGUUCGAAACAUGGAAUGCUAUGCCCGACAUUUAUGUAAACAUGAAUAAGUAUGCGCUUGGAGUCCUGUCGAUCUUUGGAUCCACAUAUGUAUGUGAGCAGGUGUUCUCCAACAUGAACUUUAUUAAAAACAAACAUCGCGCACGCCUCACAGAUGACAGCUUGCGAUCCUGUGUAAAGAUGAAGGUGACGUCAUACAGCCCUGAUGUGCAGACGCUGUGCGCUGAGGUCCAGGAGCAGAAAUCCCAUUAACCAAGUGAGAUGUGUUCAUUUAAGAAUUCUGGAGAAAGGGCACAUCUGUACCCAGUAGUGGGUGGAAAGCAAACUGUGCUGCCAGCAAAAAGAUAUCUCCAUCAGCUUCCUCCACUCAAUGGAAAACCCAGCCUAUCCAGUAACACACCUAAUCCUCCUGCAGCAUGAUGCAUCUGAUUAAGUGUCAUCCUUGCAGAGCUAGAGCAUUGACUUGGUGAAAUCUGGGGAAAGACUAGAACAUUCAAUACAAAAGGAAUGAACAGAACGUACUCAUCAUACAUUAUGCAACUUACUGAAGUAGAGGAGAUCUGUCGUACUGUACAAGUGAGUUGUUCUCUGUCAGAGAUGGAAAGACUAGAAAUUCACAGUCUGAUAGAAUUAAGAGUUGUCCUGACAAAUAUGUUGCCUUGAUUAUGAUGUUGACUUUAAGAGGAUUAUGGUGAUUGUCAAGACUGUGGAUAAACUGUAACUAAGUCAAAUGUCAUUCCUCAGAUGAACAGGAAAGAUUACUAGAGUAGCUGAGGGCUUUCCUUCACAGCCACAACUGCAACCAUUGAUGAAGUGCUUGUCGCAAUCAUUAGGUGCCUUACAUGUUCCUCAAGAGAUGUUCAAGCAAGGAGAGCAACUGUAUUAAGUGGACACAUGCUGAUGUUCAGAUAAUUUAGGGUAUAACCAUAUAACAUAUAACAACCACAGCACGGAAUCAGGCCAUCUCAGCCCUCCUAGUCCGUGCCGAACUCUUAAUCUCACCUAGUCUCACCUACCCGCACUCAGCCCAUAACCCUCCACUCCUUUCCUGUCCAUAUACCUAUCCAAUUUUACCUUAAAUGACACAACUGAACUGCCUCUACUACUUCUACAGGAAGCUCAUUCCACACUGUAUAUCUCUGAUAAUUCCAUGUGCUGUGAAUUCUCCACUGAGUUUUUCCUGUUGCCUCUGUGGUUUAAUGUGGAACUCUUCAAUAUUGGAUAUUGCUUUAUGCAUUGUAGCAUAACACUAUUAUCAUGUCAGCAACCUGGAUUCAUUUCAGGCUGUUGUCUGUAAGGAGUUUGUACAUUCUCCCUGAGACCAUAUGGGUUUCCUCCAGGCAAUCGGUUUCCUCCCAUAGUCCAAAGAUGUACUGGUUUGUGGGUUUAUUAGUCACAAGGAUAUUAUCGAACAACACAGGCUUGUCUGGCUGUAAGAGCCUGUUAAUGAGCUGUAUCUCCGAAUAAAAAUAAAUAAAUAAAUAAAUGUAAUGCGAGUGAAGUAUCCUUCUGAGUUCCACAAUAAUUCCUUGGACAAUUACCAGGCUUCACACUGAUUUCCAGCUUUACACAAUGCUCUCCCCACUAACCCCUGUCUAUGCCAGUGUAUGUGUAUUUAUGUCUCAUUCUGUUUACCCAACCUCUUCACCUUCAUUUUGGUGCCUUUGUGCUGUAUUGA